CCCAGCAUGGAGGUGAAGAGCUUUGUCGUUUGGGAUUACCUCGUAUUUGUAGCCCUCAUUAUUGUUUCUUCUGGAAUCGGGGUGUUCUUUGCUGUUAAGGAGAGAAAGAAGGCAACUUCAAAAGAGUUCCUUGUAGGGGGAAGACAAAUGAACUUUGGUCCUGUAGCGUUGUCUCUGACAGCCAGCUUCAUGUCAGCUGUCACUGUCCUGGGGACCCCUUCAGAUGUCUACCGCUUUGGGGCCUCCUUUGUGCUUUUCGCCAUUGCCUAUACUUUUGUCAUCAUCUUGACAUCAGAGCUCUUUUUGCCCGUGUUCUACCAAUCCGGUAUCACCAGCACUUAUGAGUAUUUACAACUACGAUUCAACAAACCAGUUCGUUAUGCAGCAACGAUCAUCUACCUUGUGCAGACGAUUCUCUACACAGGAGUGGUGGUGUAUGCUCCCGCCCUAGCGCUCAAUCAGGUGACUGGGUUUGAUAUCUGGGGUUCUGUGUUUACAACAGGAAUCGUUUGCACAUUCUACUGUACUCUGGGAGGACUGAAAGCAGUCGUGUGGACAGAUGCAUUUCAAAUGGUUGUUAUGAUUGUGGGCUUCUUAACAGUUCUCAUUCGAGGAUCAGCUCAAGCUGGUGGAUUUCACAGGGUAUUAGAGCAAUCAACAAAUGGAUCUCGACUAAAUAUUUUUGACUUUGAUAUAGAUCCUCACAGGCGACACACAUUUUGGACAAUCUCAGUGGGAGGAACUUUUACAUGGCUUGGGGUCUACGGAGUUAAUCAGUCAACCAUCCAGCGAUGCAUUUCUUGCAAAACGCAAAAGCAUGCCAAGCUAGCCUUGUACUUCAAUUUGUUGGGUCUCUGGAUCAUUCUGGUGUGUGCUGUCCUCUCUGGCUUAAUCAUGUACAGCUACUUCAAGGACUGUGACCCUUGGACUUCCGGCAUUAUCUCGGCGCCAGACCAGCUGAUGCCAUACUUCGUCAUGGAGAUAUUUGCCUCAAUGCCUGGACUACCAGGACUUUUUGUGUCUUGUGCCUUCAGUGGAACUCUGAGCACCGUGGCUGCAAGUAUCAAUGCCUUAGCAACAGUGACCUUUGAGGAUUUUGUCAAGAGCUGUUUUCCCCAUCUCUCUGACAAGCUGAACACCUGGAUCAGUAAAGGCUUAUGCAUCUUAUUUGGUGUGAUGUGUACCUCCAUGGCUGUGGCUGCAUCCUUCAUGGGAAGCAUUAUACAGGCUGCCCUCAGCAUCCAUGGCAUGUGUGGGGGGCCGAUGCUGGGCCUGUUCACGUUGGGAAUCGUGUUUCCUUUUGUGAACUGGAAGGGUGCAAUAGGAGGCCUUCUGACUGGGAUCACCUUGUCAUUUUGGGUAGCCAUUGGGGGCUUCAUGUAUCCUGCACAAGCCUCCAAGACAUGGCCCUUGCCUUUAUCGACAGACCAGUGUGUCCCCUCAAAUGUGACGGAGUUAGUGCCUCCAGUGCUAUCCAGCAGACCUGCAAUUGCUGACAUCUGGUAUUCGAUCUCCUACCUAUACUACAGUGCAGUGGGCUGCCUGGGAUGCAUUGUUACUGGAGUAAUCAUCAGCUUCAUCACAGGUCACCAAAGUGGCAAGGAUAUUCAACCAGGGCUAAUUAGGCCAGUUUGCAACUUAUUCUGCUUUUGGUCUAAAAAAUAUAAGACACUGUGCUGGUGUGGAGUUCAGCAUGACUGUGGGACAGAACAGGAAAACCUUGAGAAUGGCAGUACCUGGAAACAAAGAACUGAAUCUGUCUUACAGAACGGACUCAGACGAGAAAGCCUGGCCCAUGUGUCAGGUUAUGACCCCAAGGACAAGAGCUAUGACAAUGUGGCAUUUGAGAAGAUUACCCAUUUUUAA